AUGUUAUGCCCAGCACUGGCAGAGGAGUUCUAUAUAGGACGCACGCUUGGACAAGGGUCCUACGGCGCCGUCAGGGUUCUCAAAGACAAGGUUACCUCGACUGUUGUUCUGUGCAAAGAAUUUAACCUUUCUGAUCUCGAUGAUGCUGCGUUUUCCUCUCUAAUGUAUGACCUUUCUCUAGCAUCUCAUCUUGAGUACCAGUUUUUGCUUCACUACGAACGUCUCAUUAUAUAUGAUGAAGGGAGUACUCUCUUUGCUAUUAGUUCGCAGAUUGGGGCCUACAAUCUGGCCGACUUAAUUAGCAAACACCAGUGUGCCAAAAUGUCCAUUCCAGAAGCAUGCAUUUUAACCAUCCUGCGGUCGGUGGCCCAGGCCUUGGCCUUUCUUCACAAGGAAGCACGGCCGCUCCUCUUUGCCCGAAUUGGGGGUGAAUACACCGAGACCCCUGUUCUGCACAAUGAUUUAAAGCCGAGCAACGUUCUUGUAAUGAGCAAUAAUCAGUUGCUGGUUACAGAUUAUGGCACCGCUAGGUCAUAUAAGUUAAAAAGAUUGGCAUCCACGUUUAGCAGCUCUUUGCCGUAUAUCGCACCCGAGAUUCUGCAUAAAAAAGAGCCCACAGAGGCUUCCGACGUCUGGUCUCUCGGGUGUCUUAUUUACGAGCUUUGCACACUCAAAAGGUUUGUGGAGCGGGCCAACACUGUCUCUGAAGCAAGUUCCUUUAUAGCUAGUCUUAAGGACGUUACCAUUCCGAAAUCUUAUUCAAAGCACCUUGCCAAGUUAAUCAAGCACAUGCUUUCUAUCAACGCAGACGACAGGCCUAGCGUCGAUGACAUUCUCAAAGACAAGCUGCUAGAGUCUGCCAAGCCCAGCAUCCAUCUGGAGCACUUGACAGGAAGCAUGACCGCCAGCUACAAGACCGCCAGCAUACCCAAUAUAACGGCCAGACUGGACAUAGAACCUUGUAAUAUUAUCACUGCUUCUUCCUCUACCUUUGGGGAUUCCUCUCUCUAUCCGUCAGGGGGCGGUGUUGAUCUGUCCUCCGGGCGAGGGAGUCGCAUGGGUAGCAGGUCAAGCAGCACGGCAAUGGGAAGAAGAAAUGUAAAGUCAACUAAGAUCACUCGGUCAUUGGCUUCAUCGCUAGCCUUUAACAGAAGCCUGCUGGCAUCAUCAGCCCGAUCCCAUAUUGGCAGCGGAAUAGAUCCUCAAGAUCUCAAUACUAAUACUAUCAGCUCUCCAAACUUUUACGCACUUGCUGAUACUGAUGUUGGAGAGUCUGCAACGGGAUGUGCGAGCAGCGUUCAUGAAACUCAGCGCACACCGAGCGCAGCAAUGGCAGACUCCUCACUUGCUUAUUUGCGAUUGCUGAAGAAGAAUGUUUGUUCAGAGGCAUCUAAUAGGCUCACAUCUCAAAAGCCAUAUAGACUCCGGGGUUCUUUGGAGGGUGAUAAGAACGCCGCAGAAAACACCCCUACUGGCAUUGCUGGACUGUCAGCAGGUCGCUCUGUCAGCCUCCGAGCUGCAGCAUCAAAGCUAAGCGACGGGCCCUACUCUACGCCUGGGCCUGAUACACGGAUCUCCACUCGGCUUCCGGACUCCCUACGCCGCUCGACAUCCACUCAUGUCAGUCUUUACGAAAACUGUACUAAAAAUGAUACAGAGCGCAUCACCGAUUUCAUUUCAGAAAGCAAGUCAAAGCUUCAACUGUUGGAUAGUAUCUGUCUUUCAAGGCACACGCACACAUCUGUGCAGCGCACAUCAUCCGCUGAGUCGAGACCCAACAACCAAACCAUGGCAGUAACCCCGAUCUUUAGCGCAGGCCAGAGUUUUAGUUCUCCGUCAUUUACUAUAGACUUGAGCCAUCCAGAUAACAUAAGGAAGGUCGCCAAUGAGUUUACAAGCUCUAUGAUUGAAGUUUUGGUCCCGAAUCAGCAGAGUCCUAGCCCACAUAUAUUUCUUAACGACGGCCUUCCUCCAGUGUCUCCUACCAAUCUCACUGCAUCCCACGGAAACGCUCGUCAACAUAUUGGUAGCAGGGAGGCAAUGGGAUCUGGAGUUAACAUUAUCCUUUCUAAGCCCAUUGACUCAAUGAUGCCGGCUACACCUCCAAACCAAGACAAGAUACCUAAAUGGAGAGGCUUUUCUAGGCGCAAAGCUAUUGCUAAAGAUGAUAACAAGGCCACCUAUAGCACAAAUGAGCAAAUUAGCAACGUGCUGAUCAGUAAGCUGGGAAAUAGCUUGAUAGCGAAGAAAUUGCACAAUGCAGAUCAGAAGAAGCGGGGAAGAACUCCUCAGCAUGCUACCUCCGACCAAAAAAGUAAUCAUAAAGAGAUCAAGUGCCUUAAUUCCGGGACACAAUUCGAUAUCAUCCCCAAUGCAGCUCCAGCAAUGGGACCAAUGCCAAUGCCAAGUGUGCCUACCAUAACAGCCUGUCAAAGAAGAACACCAAAGCAAAAGACGCGCCUGAUGCGUAGCCGAAGCAAAAGCAUAGGUGGAAAACCUCAGAACAAGCCACAUGAGUACACUCCCCCUGUACCCGCGCCUCCUCGGUUGUCCCUCCCUGCAGCAGAUGAUAAGUACGCACUAAGCGUUUUCCUAGGAGACAAUAGCAACUUCAACAUCGAAAGCAGCUCCUCGUCAAAUAUAGUCCCAGACUUUGCCUCUACUGUGCACACUCCGAAGAAGCUGCAGGUUCCUAAGGUACCUCAAAUAACAGUCCAGAGGCGAGAGAAAAUCCUGCAGAAUACAGCUAUGCCUACUGCCCCCACGGAUAGCGUUCAGCAUGAAGAUGGAGUUAGAAACCUGGCUACUCCGAUUAAGAAGAGGACGUUUGUGCCCAGUCCACCCCCCUUGACUAAGCCACAUUUACUGGAAAAGGGACGCAAUCUCUACGGGCAAUCUACUUGA